GUAAAGGUGAUAUUUGACAUCUUCCUAGCCAACUUUUUGUACGAACAUAGGCAAAAGCUACUUCAAGACUCCGAAAACUCCUUUUGGAAAAAGUCAAAUGUCUUUACUUAGAGAAUUUUUGAUGAGAAAGACAUAAAGUCGCAUUUACUUUCAAGAACAGUGUCGUUAAUAACGUGAGUUUCACACCUAUUAGUCUAUUACCCAUGCAGUCACAACAUUCCAAGCUCUUCAACCGUGCAGUCACAACAUUGUCACCAAAUAGAGAGUUUGAACUAAUAAAAGUGGCUUUCAACCCAAGGGGAUCGAGAGCUUAUGAAUCAGCUACCAUACCAAGAUGAUUUUUUUUUCCCCAAAUAUGUGAAUAUCAUUUUUCUUUUGAAUAAAAUGUUAAAUUUGAUUCAAAAGAAAAUUUACAUUGUUACAGCAAUAACUUUUUUUUUUCUACAGGGAAAAUAAACAAGUUAUAUUCUCAUAGAAGCAAUCCAGACUUGGAAAGCUCUCUCCAGUCUCUUGUUUUGUGUCUUUAGAGACAUAAUCAUGUUCUUGAUCAGUCUGUCGAUUGUUCUGAAUAUCAUAUUAAUAUGAGAAAGAGUUUGCAAAGAUACAAAAGUUUGUUUUUUUCAUAUAUGAGAUCAACUUGGAAAAAAAUAAGAUAAAUGUGACGAAGUUGCAAACGUACAUGAAAGUGUAGAACUUAUAAUAAUGCUGUUUCCUGCUUUGUUUCCGGUUGUAAUAGUAUUGAUUUUGCUGACUCUAGGUUGAGUUUAAACUUAUCAUGGUUAAAGUCUUGUAUUUGUAUGUAAAACAAAUCUGUAUACGUGUGCUGUACAUCGCUUCUGUAAGAUGGUGUUCUGAUACAAAUGUUUACAAUUGAACAUCUAACUUCUGAGAUUUUUGAAACUAGAAAUGUCGGUCCUGAACUACGGUUUUGGUUUUUGAGUGAUCCCUACGUCUCAUUCACAAGAUCCAACAAUUCACUAUAUCAUGUUGUAGCUCUACAAGAUCACAAGUUUGAGAAAAUAAAACCCUUCCCUCAAAAUAGUGUUUCUCGUUCAGGAAAUCUUUUGGAGUUUUCGUCUUUAGUAAACCACUCGACGUCCUCCACAGCUCAAGUUAUCCUUUAAUGAACUGCAGCCGGACCAAAUGCAUUUCAGUUCUGCAACACAAUCGAAAACUAUCUUGCCUCAAGUACGUGUAGACUCGUCAUUUCCAUACACAAAUGCAAAUCUUAUGUGUGGUAAUCUUUUAUGACUUGAUGUCCUUUUCAUUGUUUUGGAAAAAAACAAGUGUUGACAAAACUAAUAUUUGUUUUGGACUUACCCACAUCAAUAGUCUUUAUGUCUUAUUGACGGACAAGCGUAAGAAACUGUGGUCCUCGAAUGGCCAACACAUCGUGUUUGAUUAGAUACGGCAAUACCCAGACGCGUUAAAGAAACGAAAUUUGGUUACAGUUUCUUUGCAGUAGUUUGUAGACAAUUAUCUCUUCUUCUUUUCUGUUUUUUUUCUCUUUAGAGAAAAAUUAAAACUAGAAUAAAGUCUUAGAACAUCUGCAUUCUAUUUACAUUUAAAAGUUUAAUUAUUAAUAUACUUGUUAUUUAAUAAAUAUAGAGUAGAAACUAUAUAAAUUAAUAAAUACGAUAAAUUAAUAAGUUUCUCCGAUUCUGAAUCAGACUGAUAUAAAAUAUGACAUGAUUCAAUACGAUAAUAACAUAAUAUACUUAGAAAAAAUUUAGGAAAAUAUAUGGUCUUAUUAAAUCAUAAAUUAAUAACUGCCAUAUAACCAGUUUAUAUAAACAUAGACAAAACAUUUAGUUAUUUAUUUUCCUCUAAAUAAAUUUUAUCUCUAAUUUUAAAUUUUAUUUUAUUGAAAAAUAUAGAAAUUUAAUUGUAUUCUACAAUAUGUAUUCAGCAUAGAAAAUAUAUAUAUCAAACAAUAUUAUAAAAAUAUAAGCAAUGAAAUCUAUAAAUUUUAACCAAUAUAUAAUAUCUAAAAUGAAAUAUUUAUUUAUUUUUCUAAAUAAACAUAUUUAAAUAUAUAGUUCUAAAUAAGAAAAUUUUCUUUAAAUUAGUAAAUAUAAAUUAAUAAACUAUUAUAAUUCCAAUACUAUUAAUUUUUAGAAGCUUUGAAUGGUGACCAAUGGAAAGAGGAACAUUCAAUUUUUUAUUAUUCCUAUAAAAUUAUACUAUUUAUAAAAAAUAGUUUUUUCCUUUUCAUUUCAUUUCAUUCAUUUCCAAGUGAGAUUAAUGUUUAGUUAUUCGAAUUACUACAUAACCACUGGAAAGUUCAGAAAAAAGAAAACUAUGUUAUUGGAAUUGCUACGUACAUACAAUACAUAGACCUGGAAAAUUUGUAGCUUUGCUUUGCAAAGAGGUUCAGUGUGCGUCAUUCAAAUUUCAUCUGACUCUUUCCAACCCAAUUUUAUUGUCCUUUAAUCAACACUAAUAUUUUUCUUAAUAAUUCUUAAGACCUUUUCUUUCAGAACCAAUUUCGGGUUUAAGAAUCUUUCAAACCAAUUUAUUCCUCUAUAUAUAUAACAGAAAGGGAAGUUAAAGAAUUACAUAAAGUAUCCGUGUCUUGUGAUGAUGACAAACACCACUACAAAAACUCUUAACACCUUUCUUAGUUACUUCGUUCUGUUCCUUUUGGGAUUUGUGGUGAUGGAUGUUGGUUUAGGACAAAACACAACAAGUGAUGAAAUAAAAGUAGGUGUAGUUCUUGAUCUCAAAACAAACUUUUCCAAGAUCUGCCUCACUUCUAUUAACAUGUCGUUGUCUGAUUUCUACCAAACUCAUCCUCAUUACCACACAAGACUUGCACUACACAUCAGAGAUUCCAUGGAAGAUAUUGUUGAGGCAUCAGUUGCAGCCUAUGACCUAAUCAAGAAGGAGCAAGUGAGCGCCAUCAUCGGACCAAGAAGCUCUAUGCAAGCCGAGUUUAUGAUUAAAGUGGCCAACAAAUUUCAAGUACCAACCAUCACUUUCUCUGCAACGAGCCCUCUUCUUAAAUCUAUCGACAAUCCUUACUUCGUCCGAGCCACUAUCGACGACUCAUUCCAGGUCGAAGCCAUUGCAGCCAUUGUCAAAUCAUUUGGGUGGAGAAGCGUUGUCGCCAUUUAUGCUGACAACGAGAUAGGUAAAGAAAUCAUGCACUCCUUGUCAGACGCUUUAGAAGACGUUGAAGUCCAAAGAAGUGCGAUCUCUCAAGAGGCUAGCGAUAAUCAGAUUUUAAAGGAACUUUAUAAACUCAAGACAGAGCAGACGAGGGUAUUCGUUAUCAACAUAGACUCAAGUCUCGGAUUCCGGUUUUUGAAGAAAGCUAGAGAAAUAGGGAUGAUGGAGGAAGGGUAUGUCUGGUUACUAUCAAAUGGAAUGACCCAUAUGAUGAGAGACAACGGUCGUAGCUUAGAGACUAUGCAGGGCUUGUUAGGUGUGAGGAGUUAUGUCCCUCAGUCUAAAGAGCGUGAAGAUUUCAGUUUGAGAUGGAAAAGAAAAUUCAACAAGGAGAACUCGGCGGGGGAUGGAACAGAGCCUAAUGUUUUCGCAUUAUGGGCGUAUGAUUCGGUCACUGCAUUGGCCAUGGCCGUGGAGAAAACCAACACAAAGACAUAUAUAAAGACCUACGGUCCACAUCUUAUAGAGGCUCUCUCGGAUAUAGAAUUCAAGGGUGUAGCAGGAGAGUUCAAACUCAUUAACAGGCAGCUCGAGUCAUCAACUUUUGAGAUCAUCAAUGUUGUUGGAGAUGAAGAGCGGAUUAUCGGAUCAUGGACACCAAGCAGUGGACUUGUGAAUGCACAGUCAAACAAAACGACAUUACUUUUGGGCAAGAGGUUUUUGCCAGUAAUAUGGCCUGGGAACUCGACCGUUUUUCCAAAAGGUUGGGAGAUUCCAACAAGCGGGAAGAAGAUUAAAGUGGGUGUUCCAGUAAAGAAAGGAUUCCUCAAUUUUGUGGAGAUAAAGACAGAUCCAAUCAGUAAGGUAACAACCACAACGGGAUACGCCAUAGACAUCUUUGAAGCUGCUCUUAAGAAGUUGCCAUAUUCUGUCAUUCCUCAAUACUACGGUUACGAGUCUCCAGAGAAUAACUACAAUCAUUUGGUCCAACAACUCUAUGAAGGGAAGUGGGAUGCAGUUGUUGGAGAUAUAACAAUCACAGCGAACAGGUCAUUGUAUGUUGAUUUUACGUUACCAUACUCAGAGUCUGGAGUGUCUAUGGUGGUGCCGCUAAGGGACAACAAGAACAAGAACGCAUGGGUGUUCCUCCAACCAUGGAGCUUAGACUUAUGGGUCACCACUGGUUGCUUCUUCGUAGUCAUUGGUUUUGUUGUGUGGCUGUUCGAACACAGAGUCAACACCGACUUUCGUGGACCGCCUCACCACCAGAUCGGCACUAGUUUCUGGUUCUCCUUCUCCACCUUGAAUUUUGCCCACCGUGAGAAGGUAGUAAGCAAUUUAGCAAGGUUUGUGGUGGUGGUAUGGUGCUUUGUUGUGCUUGUGCUCACUCAGAGUUACACAGCGAAUCUCACCUCUUUUCUCACUGUUCAACGUUUACAACCAUCAGCCACUAGUGUGGAAGAUCUCAUCAGAAAUGGGGAGUCUGUAGGGUACCAACACGGCACUUUCGUCCGCGAUUUUCUAAGAAAUCUGAACUUUUCUGAAACACAGCUCAAGUCUUUUGCUUCUGCCGAAGAAUGCGACGAUCUUUUGUCCAAAGGGACAGGGAAAGGUGGUAUAGCAGCAGCUUUUGACGAAGUGGCCUACCUUAAGGAUAUCGUUUCUCACAACUGCUCCAAAUAUGCCAUGGUUGAACCUUCCUUUAAGACUGUUGGUUUUGAACCUUCCUUUAAGACGGCUGGUUUUGGCUUUGCAUUUCCCAAGAAUUCGCCUAUGACAAAAGAUGUCUCAAUCGCUAUCUUGAAUGUGACUCAAGGAACAGAAAUGCGACGCAUCGAGAACAAGUGGUUCAACCGUGUCACUAGUGAAUGUCCUGAUCCAAAUUCCGAUGAUCUUUCGUCUAACCGUCUAAGUGUCAGUAGCUUCUGGGGGCUGUUUCUAAUAGCAGGCGUUGCUUCCUUCUUGGCACUUCUCGUCUUUGUAGCCCUCUUCUUGUACGAACAUAGGCACACACUAUGUAGUAACUCCGAAGGUUCCAUAUGGAGAAAACUGAAGUCUUUGUUCAGAAUCUUUGAUGAGAAAGACACAAGGUCGCACAUUUUCAAGAGCAGUGCGGUUCAUAAUGCGAGUUCACCUAUUACUCCGUGCACUCCGAGUCCUUCGAAUGUGCAGAUCAGACCAUUGCCACGAAGCAUGUCAUUAAACAGGGAGUUUGAGCUAAGACGAGCAUGUUUCUCCAUGAGUGAAGAACGUUUCAGGACGCAACCAAAACAUGAUAAACAGGGAGAAUCUGAUAUUGAAUUUGGAGCAGAAAGUCAAAGAGAAGUUAAACAAACUCAAUAGGAAGUUACGUUUUAAGUUAUCAGCUUAAGUUGUUAUUAACUUUUACGUAUAUAAGAUGUAUUUAUUGUACUUGAUAUUAAUAUAACUCAAUGGUGUACACUUGACGCAUUCAGUAGCAGUUGACUAGUUUGGAAACCAGAACGAUUUGUGUAAAUUAUUUAGUUAUACAACUUUAUGUAAAUUUUAUUCUGUAAAACCUUUUUAUGCUU